CAGAAACACAAAACCAUGGCUUCAUCGACCUCUCUCCUUCUGGUUUCUUCUCUUUUCCUUUCUUCCUUCUUUUGUGUCUCGGAGGCACAGUCCUCUGCCCCCGUAGUUCAAGGACUUUCAUGGAACUUCUAUGACUCUAGCUGCCCUAAGGUUGACGACAUAGUCCGAAAGCAGCUUAAGAAAGUCUUCAAAGCGGACAUUGGCCAAGCUGCUGGCUUGCUCCGUCUCCAUUUCCACGAUUGUUUUGUUCAGGGUUGUGAUGGAUCUGUGUUGCUUGAGGGAUCAGCCAGCGGACCAAGUGAGCAGGAUGCACCUCCCAACCUGAGCUUGAGGGCGAAGGCCUUUGAGAUCAUCAAUGACCUCCGCGACCGCGUUCACAACAAGUGUGGAAGGGUCGUCUCCUGUUCUGAUAUCCUCGCCCUCGCUGCUAGGGAUUCUGUUUUCCUGUCAGGUGGCCCGGACUAUGAUGUGCCCUUGGGAAGAAAGGAUGGACUAAACUUUGCCACACAAAAUGCAACCCUAGCAAACCUUCCCCCACCAACCAGUAACACAACCAAGCUUCUAACAGAUCUUGCCAAGAAAAACUUAGAUGCCACUGAUGUUGUAGCCCUGUCUGGAGGUCACACCAUCGGCCUCAGCCAUUGUUCCUCUUUCACCGGCAGGCUCUACCCGACGCAAGACGCUACCAUGGACAAAACUUUUGCAAAUGACCUCAAAACAGUUUGCCCUGCAAACAAUACUAACGCUACCGUCCCGCUAGAUAUCCGUACCCCUGACAUAUUCGACAACAAGUACUAUGUUGAUCUCAUGAACCGCCAAGGUUUAUUCACGUCAGACCAAGAUUUGUACACCGAUAAGAGGACUAAGGAAAUUGUGAAAAGCUUUGCCGUUAACCAGACGUUGUUCUUUGAGCAGUUUGUCAAGUCCAUGAUCAAGAUGGGGCAACUUAGCGUGUUGACUGGCUCCAAGGGUGAAAUUCGGGCAGAUUGCUCGGUCAGGAAUUCGGAUAAUGCUAACUACUUGGCCUCUGUGGUGGAAGAUGAUGAGGAGAGCUUGUCUGAGUUUUAAGCAAUAUAUCUGUUAACUUGUUUAUAUUUGUGAUGACAGUUUAAUUAUGUUCCAGAAACCUGCAUCUAACGUUUUAGUGUGUUUUGUGUUAAAAUGUGUGUAAUAACGAGCUCUUUAUGCACGAAUUGAGUUUGAAGUUAUUGAAAAAUCAAAAAAUUAUUCAAGUUUAA